AUGGAGUCGAAACAUAUGUCGGGCAUUUUGAGUGCUGACGGCCUCAAGUCGGCCAUCACCCUCACCUCCGUUUUGUCAGUGGUUGGCGUUUGGCUCGGUUACCGCAUCCUUGUUUGCCUGUACAACAUCUCGCCCUUCCAUCCUCUCUCCCGCUUCCCCGGACCCAAGAUCGCGGCUGCCAGUUACGCGUAUGAAGCCUACCAUGACUGGAUUCGCGGGGGAAGAUACGGCCCCAAGAUUCAGGAGAUGCAUAAGCGCUAUGGUAAGUCGGAUAAACAAGCCUCCCAAAAAGAAACAACACUCGCUUACCAGAGCACCCUACGUCCAGGCCCAAUCGUGAGAAUCAACCCGGAUGAGCUUCACUGUUCCGACCCCUACUUCACCGAUGAGAUCUAUGCCGGUCCUGGACGCAUCAGAGACAAAUGGCAGCAUCAGCUCAACACGGGUGGCGCCGGCCCUGUUUCCGUGACGGGCUUCUCGACUGUUCCCCACGAGCUUCACCGUUCGCGUAAGGGUGCCCUGUCCAAGUUCUUUUCCCGCCAGCAGAUGUUCAAGCUCGAGGGGGAGGUGCUCGACUUCUGCCACUUGACGAUUGACAAGAUGCUCCGCUGGUCUGGGAAGGAGGCUUUUGACAUCAAGGAGGCCUUCAACUGCUUUACCGCCGAUGUCAUUUCCCAGUAUGCUUUUGGCGAAUCCAUGGGCUUCAUCGCUCAAGAACAAUGGGAGCCCAAUCUUGCGACAUGGACCGGCUCCUUCAUGAAGAGUGCUUAUCUGAUGAGGCACAACGCCCUGGUCCGCAAGAUGACGAACGUGAUGCCCCUCGUGGCUGACUAUUUGGGCGAGGAUAUCAAGAACGUGAUGCACCAGAUGGGCACUGUCAUCCCUGGCUACAUCAAGGCGUCUCUGGAUGACCCCAACGGCGGCCGUGUGUUUGCUGAGCUUGUCAAGUCUAAGGCUCUCCCUGCGGAGGAGAUGACUAUGUAUCGUCUCUCUGGUGAGGGGUUCAACUUUUUGCUUGCCGGUACCGAGACCACCGCGUGGGCCGAGCUCGAACAGCGCCCGUACCUCUGGGCCAUUGUCCACGAAUCCCUCCGCAUGAUGCCCGGUGUCUCGCACAGAUCUGCCAGAAUCGCCCGUACCGAGGACCUGGUGUACCGCACCCGGGAUGGCAAGACUGAAUGGGUCAUCCCCAGAGGCACUCCCAUCGGCAUGACCAGCAUGAUCAACCACUUCAACGAGGAGCUCUUCCCCAACCCACACUCCUUCUCCCCGGAGCGGUGGUUGAUUGACGGAAAGCCAAACUACAAGCUGCAGAAGUUCUUGAUUGCCUUUGGCAAGGGCAGCCGGUCGUGCAUUGGUGAGAGCUUGGCCUACUGCGAGGUGUAUCUCAUGACUGCCCUGAUCGCCAUGCGCAUCAUUCCAAGGGCCAAGCUCGUCAACACCACGUAUGAGGACAACCUCAAGUACGAUCAUGAUUGCAUUGUGCCUCAUUCCAGAAACGGUCCUGUCACUGUCCAUGUGCGGAUCCAGUAG